AUGGAGGGUUCCGGCUUCCAGCCCCAUCCCGGACUCCAGCAAACUCUGAAGCAGUUCCACAUCAGCUCCAUGCGCUCUCUCGGCGGCCCGGCGGCGUUCUCCGCCCGGUGGCACCAGGACUCGCUCUUCACCAAAGACGGCAAAGCAGCGGAGAUGAUGCUCUCCCUACCGGCCCAGACGCCUCCGCUCAUGUCCGGACCGCUCUUCAUCCCGUCGGACCGAUCCACGGAGAGAUGCGAGACGGUCCUGGAGCGGGAGCCCAUCUCCUGCUUCGUGGUCGGCGGGGAGAAGCGGCUGUGCCUCCCGCAGAUCCUCAACAGCGUCCUGAGAGACUUCUCCCUGCAACAGAUCAACUCGGUGUGCGACGACCUGCACAUCUACUGCUCCCGCUGCACGGCGGACCAGCUGGAGAUCCUCAAAGUGGUGGGCAUCCUGCCCUUCUCCGCUCCGUCCUGCGGACUCAUCACCCAGACGGACGCAGAGCGCCUGUGCAACGCGCUCAUCUACGGCGGGACGUACCCGCCUCACUGCAACAAGGAGCUGGGCUCCCUGGAGCUGGAGCGAACCGAGAGGAGCUUCAAGGUCUACCAUGAGUGUUUCGGUCGCUGCAAAGGCCUGUUCGUCCCGGAGCUUUACGCGGGGCCGGCCGCCGCCUGCAUUCAGUGCUUGGACUGCAGACUCAUGUUCCCACCGCACAAGUUUGUGGUCCACAGUCACAAGAGACUGGAGAACCGGACGGUGCACUGGGGCUUCGACUCGGCCAACUGGAGAGCUUAUGUGCUCUUAGACCCGGACUACAGCGACAAGGAGGAGAAAAGUCACCUGGAGCAGCUGCUGAAAGAGUUGAAGGGGAAAUAUGAUCUGAUGGGGAAACUGUCCACUAAAUCCUGCAGAUCUCCCAGCCCGAUCCCCGCCAAGAAGUCCAAAUUUGACAAAUUGCAGUCUCCGCCAGCUGACAAAGACAGGAAACCUGAGUGGUUACAGUCACUGUCCAAGUCUGCACACAAGGAUCUGAAACAGGUCCAGCUGAAACAAAGGCCCUCUGCUUUCCGCCCCUGGUCUCCAAAAGUUGUCGAAAAGGAAAAGCCGGCACCUCAAAAGGAAGCGGAGAGAAUCUGUAUAAGGACUCAGGAGACUCUGGCUAGUCCUCUUCCGCUCCAUCCCAACGACAGCCACAUUUUAGGAUCCAAAACCAUUUCCAGAAAAGAGCCGCAUAACAGCAAACUACCCCAUUCUCUCUCUUCUAAUCAGACCGAAGACAUAGAGACGGAUGGAGAGAUCGAUGUGGACGACUGCGAUGAUGGUCCAUUUCCAGCUUCCUCCUUGACUUCACCUCAGUCGUCGUGUGUCGGAGUGUCUCAGAGCCUGUCUCCUCAGAGGCCUCCUCAGGCCCAGGAUUUAACUCCAUGGCAGUCUGGGACUGUUUGUCCAGAGAUAGACGCCAUGAGACAGAUGGUAUAUGCAGGAAUGGACACCAGAGAGGCCAGAGAAAAAGUCCUGCAGGAAAUCAUCCGGAUGAGAGUGAAGCAGGAGGAGAAGCUGGCAGCCGCCCUGCAAGCCAAGCGCAGCCUGCAGCAGGAAUUGGAGUUUGUGAGGGUGGCUAAGAAAGGCCGUCUACGUGAUGCCAUCGAAGCCAAGCGCAACUUACGGAAAGAGAUUGAGCGCCUCCGUGUGGACUGGGAGAGGAAGAUGAGGGAGGCAGAGGAAUCCUGUGGGCGACUGAAGAGAGAGCUGGAGAGAGAGAGACAAGUCCGAGUUUGUGACCAAGGUUGUGAAGCUGAACGUCUUCGAGUGAAGUACUCCACUCAGAUCGAGGAGUUGCACGUCCAGCUGCAGCAGGCGGAGGCAGACCGAGAGCAGCUGCGGCAGGAACUGCAGCAGGAGAGAGAAGCUCGGCAGAGCCUGGAGAGCGUGGUGAAAGACCUGCAAACCCAGCUGGCCCUGCAGGCCAGCAGCAGUCCACCUGGAGACUGCAAGAACCCAAAAAAAGACACAAAAAGCCAAACCACACAGCCCAGCAAAGGAUCCUAAAGUUGUCCAUGUACAAAAGAAAUAAACUGAAUGGAGAGACUCAACUGAAUGGAGCUCCUGUUAAGAAAAAGAAAAAGUCACUUUUGUAGAGGAAAUAAAUCUGUCAUAUAUAUGUUAUAGUAUUCAUCAAUAUUAUUAUAAGAAUACAACAAAAAUCACUACAUGAACUGGAAAAGAAGCAUGGGCAUGGUUUAGAGUGUGAAACUAUGAGAGACUUGUUCGGCGAUUAAACACACAUCCUUUCAGUGACGUCGGCGCCCGCCUCCUGAUGCCGCCCAAGUUUUUGUUUCGGUAUAAGCUAUUCUGAGACAUUCAAACACAGCUACACAACACUACUUGAAUAUAAAGGGAAGGAAUAGGCUGCGUCUGGUUGAACGAGAGCAGACAAUUAAGUCUUUGUGCCACAACACUUGUGUAACACAGAGGUGUCACUGCAGACCACUGAAAGCUCACCACUACUUACUUUAGGUGUCUGCUUGAUUCUCCUAACCUUGGAGCAUUUUAACAAAUGUUUUUUGCUCAGUUCCACCAGCGAGAGAAAAACAACCCUAUAUAAACACAUAUAGCAGCUUAUCUACCUUUUGUAUUUGAUAUAAACCUGAAGUAUUAGUGGUUUGGUGGGCUGUCUCCAUGCUCACCAUUGUUUAACUCCUAGAUAUUUUAUGUGUUACUUUUUGUUGCUUGUUGUUGUUUUGUUUUUCACUCCCAAGCCAUCCAGAGGAAUAGUUUGCCCACUUUAGUUUACAUACGUUGUUUUUAACCCACUCCUUAAAAAAAAGAAAAUCCUACACAGCUGAAAAUGGUACUUUAGAUUUUUUUUUUAUAAUAUAAUUUAUGAUCUAUAAUGAAUUGCUGCCUAUUGAGAGAAAGCAGUCUUUUUUCUUUGUUGGGGUCUUCAGUUUUAGGGCUCUUAAAUCAACAGUGGCUGUUUGUAUGGAAAACAUUUUUACAUAUAUAAAAAAUAUGGAUAUCUAUUUUUUUACUUUGAGAAAAGUAAUUGCACUUUUUAAAGACAAAACCGAGGGUUGUGCUCCCUGUUACGAUUUUUAGAAUCCGAAAAUAACAAACUCUGAAAUUAAAAAUCACCUUUUUCUCAGUAUGCCGUUUGAUGUAAAUACAGUAUUGUAAAUAAGAUGUUCGUUGGUAUGGUAUGUUUUCUGCUUGCCCCAGACUUAAGUUGAUUAUGCAUAUUAUUUCUUAUUACUUGAAACCAAAAAAGAAAAAAACAGAGAGACUAUUUGAAUUUUUAAAACUGCAACCUGAUUGUUGCUGAUUCCUAAAAAUCUCUGCAGCAGCCGGGCGUAUACCAGCCAGGUAGACCGAUCCAGGAAAUCUAUUUGUAGUUGUGAUUUUCUCACACCACAAGAACUCUAAAACCUCUAGCUUGAUUUCUAGAAGAUUAAAUAUUUUAUGAAUUACACAUUCUAUAGUUAACUUCUGACCAAAACUGACAAAUAUAGGAUCUCAUUCUCAGCACUUCCAGCUCUUAGACCGUCUGAUGGUUUUUGAACCUUUUUGGUGCUCUUGUGUGUAAAAGACAAGAAACACUUUCAUGUCUUAUCAUUACAAUACCCUCACUCAGUAUUUGUUGGGUACAGUGUAAUAGCAGUAUCCGAGUUGUUUGCUGAUGCUUCUGUACUUUUUCGGGGUCUGGAAUGGGGUUUUCACUGGCCUCUUGUUUCGAUGUUUCUUUUUCCUUUCAGAGAACAUGUAUAAUACCCAUUAAAAUUUAAACCAGU